UCGCAAGAAAAAACCUACUAUCAAAGAAACCAAUGCAGGUGGAAUUUGCCUCUAUUGCGGCCAAGAGAUUGAUCUUUAUAAUUUGAAAAAUACGGAUAUUGACCAUAUUAUCCCUCAAAGCAGAAUCGGUUUUCAAGAAGGAAUGGAAGGAUUUCAAAAAGCGAAAAAUGAAUUGGAAGAUUUUGUUAGUCGUAAUCUGAACGAUACAAGAAUGAUUGCCACUUAUUUGGCGCGCUAUAUUCAGAAUGAGUUAAACAAAAAAGAAGAGUUUCGAACGAAAAUCGCCACCAAGGAAACAAAAG